CGCUUAACAGUCACCUUUCUCUGUGAUUUAUCGGAUAGAAACUAGGGUUUGCAGAGGUUUUUGACCUAUUCGAGAUGUAUUCUGAUCGAGUGGUGGCUGAGACUGUAAGCAAGAAUACGGUGAAGAACCGUCUCAAUGGCGGCUCCGGCGACUUAUCUUCGCGCGGGAGACAAGUCACGAGGAAGAGAGGAAGGCAGGAGGACGACAAGUGGGAGCAUGAUCUUUUCCAUGAUGACACCAAGCCUCGUCUUUCAAAUCGCAAGGUUGACCCUAGAGAUCUCCGCUUGAAGCUCCAGAAGAAACAUCACGGCUUGCAGAGUCGACUAGGAGGAGCUAGUUUGGGCGAGCGGGAUCUGCGUGAAAAGCUAUCUGGGACAAAGAAUCCACAGCCAAGGAACGCUGACCUAAAAACAUCUACGAGGGUGGCUACUAGACCAGCCGUAAAGAACGGUUCAGGUGAAACCAAAUCUGAGACCAGAGCAGCUCUGAACAAAGCUGCCAAGAAGAAACCACAGCAGGCUGGUACGUCGGUUGAUAGCUUCCUGGAAUCAUUGGGUCUCGAGAAAUAUUCAACCUCGUUCCAAGUGGAAGAAGUUGAUAUGGAUGCUCUGAUGCAUAUGACGGAUGAUGACCUCAAAGCUCUGCUCAUACCAAUGGGACCCAGGAAGAAGAUACUUCUUGCUUUGGGAUCUAAACGUUGAUAGAUUUGCUUCUUGCUUCAAGCUCUGAAAGAUCCUGAACUUCUCUUUUUCAUUGUCCCUUUUUGGUUUCUCAUAUGUAAUCUCAAGAGACGAGAGUAGGUAGACUUUUGAGAUUAAAAGAGUUGUAACUCAGAAAUGAACUCUUAACUAAAGACCGAAAAAGGAAUGCUCGAAUGAGAAAAAAGCUUUUUAAGCUUUGGAUCUUG